CUUUCGUCGGUCAUUUCGAGCGGAUCCUCCGACAGCAUCGCUUCGUGGUCUCCGUGGUGUCUCCGAAAAAUUGUUGGUCAACGUGCAGAGUGAAGUUACCAAAAAACGGACACUUCUUUUCAAUUCCUGACACCCGCGUGACGGCUACGGCUAGUGGUUGCUGUAUUUUAUCGUAGCGCACCAACCAUUACCUGUCUAUUAACGCGUAACAAUUAACAGAACAUCAUCGCAUGGUACGGUUGCGAAACUGGCCCCUUUUUAGAGUGCCCAGUGCCUGAUAAGCGAACCUGCGAAGUGCGUGGAGAGUUUCUGUAAAGUGCAACCUCGGGCGGAAUUGCGAAUUGCGUGCCGGGCGUCCAUUUGUAAGGAUCGUAAAAAGCCGGAGCCGUGCUAUCAUCCAGGUCGGAAGCUGAGACUUUGUUAGUCGCCGAACUGAUCACGCACACCAGCUCGAGGCAAAUACGCCCAUCCCGCAACAGAAUCCGUCUUCAUCCGCCAUGGGCUACACCUUCGGAGCGGACGAGCUGUCCAGCAAAUCGAGCGGCCUGUGGAGGGCCCUGCUGGCGGAGUUCGUAGGUAUUUUCAUACUGAACUUCUUCGCCUGCGCCGCUUGUACGCACGCCAACGGUGAUAAGACGCUGAUUUCGCUUGCCUUUGGCCUGAGCGUGUUCAUGGUGGUGAUGUCCAUCGGUCACAUCAGCGGUGGACACAUUAACCCGGCCGUUACGGCCGGCAUGCUGGCAGCCGGUAGAGUAAGCCUGAUUCGCGCCGUUCUCUAUGUGGCCGCCCAAUGUGCGGGGGCCGUGGCGGCCACAUCCGCGCUCGACGUGCUGAUCCCGAAGUCGUACCACAAUGGGCUCGGUAACACCGGCCUCAAGGACGGCGUGACCGAGCUGCAGGGCCUGGGCUUCGAAUUCUUCCUCGGAUUUGUGUUGGUCCUGUGCGUGUUUGGCGUUUGUGAUGAAAACAAGCCCGACUCGCGGUUCGUUGCCCCGUUGGCCAUUGGUCUGACCGUGACGCUUGGGCACCUGGGCAUCGUCGAGUACACCGGAUCGAGCAUGAACCCGGCCCGCUCUUUCGGCACGGCACUCGUGACCGAAAGCUGGAACAAUCAUUGGAUUUACUGGGCCGGCCCAAUCCUGGGCGGUGUGGCGGCCGCUCUGCUGUACUGUCAGCUGUUCAAGGCACCGGCCGAGAGUUCGGCCUCGGAACGCUACCGUACGGCGGCCGAUGAUAAGGAGAUGCGACGAUUGGAUGGUAAGCAUGACAUGGCCUAAAGGUGGCCGCUUUGCCCUCCCGACCAGGAGUUGCCAGUCGUCGCCAGGUUCUUCACUCAUCAACUACGUUCAGCCCGAUUGUGUCCGACUUGGCAGCAACCCCAGCACGUUGUCCACUUGCCCGCCACUUGUCCAGGAGUUGCAAUCAGUAUCGACAUCGUUUCGUCCGGUUUCGCAAACAAAUUCGGCUUUAGAUUUUAUUAAAAGCACCGACACACCGGACGGACUCGUCGGUAUCGCAUUCUAAUUUUAAUCUUUUUAUAUCUUUAAAUAGUGUUUUUAAGCCAGCUUUCUCGCGUACAUCGUACGGUGUAUAGAUUUUUUAAUUUAAAUACAUCUAUCAAACUGA